ACGGUUCCGACCUGAACCCCUUGAUUUUCAGACAACAGCGACAAGAGAAAAUCGAAAACCAUGGUGGUCGCCAGAACGUACAAUCUACCGCCGACGGAUCUCGUUCCGAACUCCAACUUUCCGCUCAUCCAUUAUCCUGGCGUGCUAUCUGGUAUGAAUGCAUCGCCAGAAAAGGUGCACCAGCUCUUUGCGCGCAACGGAUGGGAGACGCAGUGGAUCUUUCGAUACGGAAAGUCCCAGGUCUCGCAUUAUCACUCCAAGACGCACGAAUGCAUGGCCGUCUUGACAGGGCAUGCAACGAUACGCUUUGGCGUUGCGGACACGAGUGACGAUCUUGACGAGAGCACGUACGGGAAGGGAUAUGAGUCCGGGGGCAUAGAAUUGCAGGCGAGGCCAGGAGAUGUAUUUAUCAUUCCAGCUGGCGUUUCGCACAAGACGUUUGACGCUACCGACGGCGGAACCAUAAAGCUGCUCACGCCCGGCGACGGUCACGGCAUCCAGGCCGAUGACGUGGGCAAAGCAUUGUCCGAAAUCGAGCUGUCCGGAUUUACCAUGAUCGGGGCAUAUCCGAAAGGUGGCGUUUGGGACUUUGCAGUUGGCGGCGAAGCCAAGGGGCAGUAUGAGCAGGUCUGGUCCGUCCCGAAGCCGCCGCAGGAUCCUGUUCUUGGAGACUCGAACGAGGGUCUGUGUCGUCUGUGGCAAGAUUCUCCGUCUAAAUCGGCUAAAGUCUGUCCGAGCGAGCGAGCAAAGCUUUGA